CUGCCAAUCAUUACACUCCGUUCCCGACUGAGCUCCGCCUCCUGUCCUACCAAAUAGCAGCUGCCUGCGGCUUUCCAGGCUUCAGCGCAGAGGCGGGAAUCCUCAAUUACUACAGAUCCGACUCGUCUUUAGGGAUCCACGUGGAUGAAUCUGAAUUGGAUCACAGUCGGCCACUCCUGUCCUUCAGCUAUGUCCGCCUCUGCUGGAUGCUCUCCGGCGGGCCACAACUCGGCCCUCAGCCCCGGCAUGUCGGUAUUCCGCUGGUUGGAAGUGCUGGAGAAAGAGUUUGACAAGGCCUUUGUGGACGUCGACCUUCUGCUGGGGGAAAUCGACCCAGACCAAGUGGACAUUACGUACGAAGGGAGGCAGAAGAUGACCAGCCUGAGCUCCUGCUUUGCUCAGCUGUGUCACAAAGCCCAGACUGUUUUCCAACUCAACCACAAACUGGAGGCCCAGCUCGUAGACCUCCGCUCUGAGCUGACGGAGGCCAAGGCGGAGCGGGUGGUGGUGGAGAGAGAGGUCCACGACCAGCUGCUGCAGCUUCACUCUCUCCAGCUGCAGCUCCACGCCAAGCAAGGCCAAGCUCCCGACUCGGACUCCAUCAAACACCGACUGCCUGCCUGUACAAUGGAACAGAUGGAACAGGAGCUGGAGGCCAACAAGAAGGAGAAAUUGGCCGAAGCGAGGAUGGAGGCUGACAUUAGACUGUACAGGAAAGAAAACGAGGCUCUUCGCCGUCACAUGGCUGUACUUCAGGCCGAAGUGUACGGCGCUCGACUUGCCGCCAAGUACUUGGACAAGGAACUGGCUGGCAGGGUGCAGCAGAUCCAGUUACUGGGCCGUGACAUGAAAGGGCCGGCACACGACAAGCUGUGGAACCAACUGGAGGCUGAGAUCCAUCUUCACCGCCACAAAACCGUCAUCCGAGCGUGCAGGGGGCGCAACGAUCCCAAGAAGCCCCUCCCCUCACCCGUUGGGCAUGACCCAGACAUGCUGAAGAAAAGCCAGGGAGUGGGUCCAAUCAGGAAGGUGUCUCUCGUCAAAGAGGACCACGAGGGUCUGGGCAUCUCCAUCACGGGGGGAAAGGAGCAUGGUGUUCCCAUCCUCAUCUCAGAGAUCCAUCCAGGCCAGCCUGCGGACAGAUGUGGAGGUUUGCAUGUCGGAGACGCCAUCUUGGCCGUCAACAGCAUCAAUCUGAGGGAUGCCAAGCACAAAGAGGCUGUCACCAUCCUCUCCCAACAGUCGGGGCAGAUAGAGUUUGAAGUGGUUUACGUGGCUCCAGAAGUGGACAGCGAUGACGAGAACGUGGAGUAUGAAGACGACAACGGUCAUCGCUACAGACUCUACCUGGAUGAGCUGGAGGAGAACAGUACUGCCCCACCUGGUGGCAGCUCGGCGUCUUUACAAGCAGCUCUGGAGAAGAUGUCAGUGAGCAACAGCGCAGAGAACGGAGACGUGGGACUCUCCAGUGAGACGCCAUCGGAGGAAACCCCUUCCAAGCCUCUCGACGCUCGCAGCUCCUCUUAGAAGACGAGGAAGACACGCAGGGUUUUUACCUCCCUCCAAGUACUGAAUCCCAUCUUCAGCACGCAGAAGCGGUUUGUUGUCCCCUUUUUUUCCUCUGUGGAUGUUUUUAGUGUUGACGUUCGGAGGCUUGAUGGCACGUGGCAAUCCUAGCAGGGAGAACUGACGACAGAAUACAAGUUCGACCCGGUUGUCUGGCAUGUUUAGGGGUUUUAGUUGGCUUUGUACAACUGCAAAAAGCCAUGUGACACAAAGGAUCCAAAGAGAAGCUAAGUGGGUGUACUCACACUAAACCAUGUGUACGUACCGUGAUGGACCCCUCCCUCACCCAGCCAAUGCACAUGCAUGGAAUUGUACCUUGGGUGGAGCCAAACGUAGCGUGCUUUAGGUGUGAAAUGGGCCCAAAGACUCAAAGUAGUCCACUCACAUUUGGAGUUGUGAUUAUUUCUAUUGUGGAAGGUGGCGGCUGUCAUCAUUCCAUGCCCUGCCCCACCCCCAGUGCCAAAGGAGGGGAAACCAUCAUCGGAUGGGAACGCUUACUUGAUGCAAACAUGCAGGACUUAAGUGGUUAAGUGGCUGCCAGUUGCGUAUCGUGGUCAAGUUUGAGUACACCCCGAGUUCCUUUAUUCCCUCCAUAAACAAAAGCAUGCCCCCGCUACAAAUGCCUUAGAUUGCUAACGCCCUCAGUGUCACGACACUACCCUUCAUAUUUAUAUGGCAGACACUUUAGAAUAGAAGCUGAUGUCAUACUGGGAGUGAUUGUUACAUUUGAUGUCAUGCACUUCAAUAUAUUACAAUCAUGUUGUUCAAAAUUAUUUUUCUUUAUUCUGAUGUAAGGUUAACCCCCCCACCCCACCCACUACAGAAACGUGUAUUGUUUCCAUGACUUCAUCCUUCAGACAAAACAUCAAUCUUAAAACAAAUGUUACCUUUGUUUCUUUCCAUUCACACUCACCGUUAUGGCAAAUGUAAAUAAAAGCCUGAAUACUG